GCCACUGCACCUGAACCGCUACACUGCAUCACCUCCGCCGUCAAGAGCUUCCGCAUACGAGCCCUGCUCUUUAGCCACCAGUGUUGAUCACUAGCAACGACCUUCCCAGCGGGCCUGUAUUUCAAUAGGACCCGAUCACACGCGAAGCGCCUAGCCACCCGAGUCCCUCAACCAAGAGCCUUUAGACCGCUGCGUAGCUGGACUCUUCUGCUGGUCGCUUCCCAAAGAGCGCAUAUACGAGUCAAUCUCGCCACUGUCCACAGCUGUUCUCCUGCAUCUACGUGACUGUCCAAAAUGGGUGCCUGUAUGUCAUCAGGUGGUGAGAAGUACGAGGCAAAGGAAAAGAGCGUUGCCAUCGACAAACAAAUAGAGGAUGACAGCCGUAAAGUGAGAAAGGAGUGCAAGAUUCUGCUGCUAGGUUCCGGUGAAUCUGGCAAGUCUACAGUGGUGAAGCAGAUGAAGAUUAUCCACCAAGAUGGCUACACAACAGAGGAGCUGCUGCAGUACCGCUUGACAGUGGUCAAGAAUCUGAUCGACUCCGCACAGGCGAUCGUCUUGGCAAUGAGGAAAUUCCGACUAGAGCCUCAAAACAUUGAGAAUCGAGAGAACUGCGACAAGAUCCUCCAAUAUAGAGUCGAUGCCGACCCAGACUUGACACUGGACCCCAACAUUGCUGCUGCCGUGGCCUCACUUUGGGAGGACCCAGUGACACAGUCCAUUACGGAGAGGUCAUCGGAGUUCUACCUGAUGGACUCGGCGCCGUACUUUUUCGAAAACAUCAACAGAAUCUCAGCAGCUGGCUACGUGCCUACACAGGACGAUGUGCUACGGGCGCGUACCAAGACGACUGGAAUCGCCGAGACGCGGUUUGCCAUGGGUCAAUUGUCCAUCCAUCUGUUUGACGUUGGUGGACAAAGAAGCGAGAGGAAGAAGUGGAUUCAUUGCUUCGAGGCAGUGACGAGCAUCAUCUUCUGUGUCGCUUUGAGCGAGUACGACCAGGUCUUGUUGGAGGAGAGCGGACAGAACAGGAUGGCAGAGAGCUUGGUGCUCUUCGAGAGCGUGGUGAACAGCAGAUGGUUCCUCCGCACAUCCAUCGUCCUCUUCCUAAACAAGAUUGACGUCUUCAAGCAAAAGAUCCCACGCGUACCGCUCAGCAACUUCUUCCCCGAGUACUCUGGAGGCGCAGAUGUCAACAAGGCCGCAAAGUACAUUCUCUGGCGCUUCACCCAAACCAAUCGCGCAAGGCUGAGCAUCUUCCCCCAUCUGACACAGGCUACGGACACGAGCAAUAUUCGGCUGGUGUUUGCGGCUGUCAAGGAAACGAUUCUGCAGAAUGCGCUUAGGGAUAGUGGAAUUCUAUGAGCCCUAAGGAGGCGCGUUCAGUAAGCGCGUCUUGCCGAGGGUGGAGACCUCUGGUCCACGGAGUGCAUGAGCGGAUGCACUCGUAGACAUGGAGGGCCUUCACAGCAGCCAAUAGGCGGAACGAUGACUCGAAGAGAGUCAGAAAGCUUGAUAGUCGCAGAUACAGCGCAGCGGAUUUCAG